AUGGCUUUUGGCCGCGACAAUCGUGUAAGGUUCAAAGAUUGGAUUUCAGAUGAAUCAGAGUACGGUUACGGAAUAAAAUCAAGACCAUCUCUAAACACAGUUUUGAAGAACGUUCGUAGAGGAUUUGAGAAAGGUUCAGAUAAAAUCAAAACCUUCAAGAAACCAUUAGGUUUCGUCUCACACAAGAAACCUUCUAACACACAGAAUAAGAACAUCAUAAACCCACAAGGCAUCUUUCUACAAAACUGGAACAAAAUCUUCCUCUUUGCUUCAGUGGUUGCUCUUGCGAUUGAUCCAUUGUUUUUCUACAUCCCCAUUGUUGAUGGAGCAAAGCACUGCCUUAAUCUGCACACCAAUUUGGAGAUUGCAGCUAGCUUGCUUAGAACAUUUAUAGAUGCUUUCUACGUCAUUCACAUUGUGUUUCAGUUUAGAACAGCUUACAUCUCUCCUUCUUCAAGGGUUUUCGGAAGAGGAGAGUUGGUAGAAGAUCCUAAAGCCAUAGCGUUGAAGUACCUCUCCUCUUACUUCAUCAUUGAUGUUCUUUCAAUCCUUCCUCUCCCACAGCUUGUAGUCUUAGCUGUGAUCCCAAAUGUGAACAAGCCGGUCUCUUUGCUCACUAAGGACUACUUGAUUACUGUCAUAUUCGCUCAAUACAUUCCUAGGCUUCUUCGUAUCUAUCCGCUUUACAGUGAAGUGACGAGAACAUCAGGCAUUGUUACUGAAACAGCUUGGGCUGGUGCUGCUUGGAACCUCUCUCUCUACAUGUUAGCCAGUCAUGUCUUUGGAGCUUUAUGGUACUUAAUAUCAGUAGAGAGAGAGGACAGAUGCUGGCGUGAAGCUUGCGAGAAGAGACGAGAGGGUUGUGAUUUUAGAUUUCUCUACUGCGAUGAAAACAGUAACGUUAUAAAUGAUUUCCUCACUACCUCGUGCCCGUUUAUCGACCCUGAUGAUAUAACAAAUUCGACUGUCUUCAACUUUGGCAUCUUUACUGAUGCUUUAAAGAGUGGGAUUGUUGAAUCUGAUGAUUUCUGGAAGAAAUUCUUCUACUGCUUCUGGUGGGGUCUUCGUAAUCUAAGUGCAUUGGGACAAAACCUCAAUACGAGCAAAUUCGUUGGAGAAAUCAUUUUUGCUGUAUCAAUUUGCAUAUCUGGACUAGUUUUAUUUGCACUACUUAUUGGCAAUAUGCAGAAAUACUUGGAAUCGACGACAGUUAGGGAAGAGGAGAUGAGAGUGAGAAAAAGAGACGCAGAGCAAUGGAUGGCUCAUCGGAUGUUACCAGAGGACUUGAGGAAACGUAUCAGAAGAUACGAACAAUACAAAUGGCAAGAAACCAGAGGAGUUGAAGAAGAAAACCUUCUUCGUAAUCUCCCUAAAGACCUCAGGAGAGACAUUAAACGCCAUUUUUGCCUCGACCUCCUUAAGAAAGUACCUAUGUUUGAGAUAAUGGAUGAGCAAUUGCUAGAUGCCGUGUGUGACAAGCUAAAGCCAGUGCUCUACACCGAGAACAGCUACGCGAUUAGAGAAGGAGAUCCAGUGGAAGAGAUGUUGUUUGUUAUGAGAGGAAAGCUGAUGAGCGCAACCACAAACGGUGGCCGGACCGGUUUCUUUAACGCCGUGUACCUCAAACCCAGCGACUUUUGCGGCGAGGAUCUUCUCACUUGGGCGCUGGAUCCUCAGUCUUCGUCUCAUUUUCCGAUCUCGACGAGAACGGUUCAGGCUUUAACAGAAGUCGAAGCCUUUGCUCUUGCGGCAGAUGAUCUCAAGCUCGUCGCUUCGCAAUUCAGACGACUCCAUAGCAAACAGCUUCAACAUACUUUCAGGUUUUAUUCGGUACAGUGGAGAAGUUGGGGAGCAUCUUUUAUACAAGCUGCGUGGCGGAGACAUUGCCGGAGAAAGCUGGCUAGGUCGUUAACCGACGAAGAAGAUCCGUUCCGAGACGCGAUCGCAAAACGCAAACGCGACGCCGCGUCUUCGUCGACGUCUUCGAGCAUGGUUGCUACUUUAUACGCGUCGCGGUUCGCUUCAAACGCGCUUCGCAAUCUGCGUCAGAACAACCACCUUCCGUUGCUUCCUCCUAAACCCUCCGAGCCUGAUUUCACUGCAAAUGAUCAUAUUCCGUAA